AUGAUGUUGUUUCGCAUUACUGUGUCUUUUGUAUGCCUGUCUGUCUUAGCAGCUCAUGCUGAUGAAUUUCUUCCAGUUCAUAGUAAACGAGCGUCUGACGUUUGCUAUGGUGAGUAUGGAUGUUUUACUACAGCAAAACCAUUCGGUGGAACAUUACAACGCCCAUUUGCACUCUUGCCUGAUCCAGCUGGUGUAAUUGGAACUACAUUUUACUUAUACACGAGAGAUUCACGUAAAACUCGCACCGAAAUUAGUCGCUAUACAAGUCUUGGUGCAUGGAGCGCUAGCAGACCAACGAAAUUUUUAAUUCAUGGUUUUGUUGAUGCUGGCAAUACACAAUGGUGGAUAGAUAUGAAGAAUGCCAUACUUGAUGUAGAUGAUGUUAAUGUAAUUUUUGUUGAUUGGACAAAAGCAAAUGGUUUUCCAUAUGAGAAAGCGACGGCAAAUGUUCAAGUGGUUGGUGCUGAAGUUGCUUUGUUUAUCCACUAUUUGAUUAAGGAUCAUGGAUCUAAGGCAACGGAUUUUCAUAUUAUUGGUCAUUCUCUUGGUGCUCAUACUGCAGGUUAUGCCGGAGCACGAGUUCCUGGAUUGGCCCGAAUUACUGGAUUGGAUCCUGCUGGCCCUUAUUUUGAAAAUACUGAUCCAGUAGUUCGUCUAGAUCCUACUGAUGCAUUGUUCGUCGAUGUUAUUCAUACAGAUGGUGCUCAUAAUCUUCUUCUUGGACUCGGUUCUCGCCAACGAAUGGGUCAUGCUGACUUUUAUCCCAAUGGUGGUUUGGAUCAACCUAAGUGUUCGAAAACAGCAGGCAAAAUUUGGAAUCUUCUUUUUCAACUUGGAACGAUGAAUAUUGAUGGCUUCAUGGUAACAGCAUUAUGCAGUCAUUUAGCUGCUGUGUAUUUCUUUACUGAUUCAGUUCGUAAUCAAUGUCCAUAUGUCGGUUAUUCUUGUCCUAACUUUGAUGAUUUUAAUGCGGGUAAAUGUUCAUUGCAAUGCAAUAAUAGUACCAAUCAAUGUAAUCGUAUGGGCUAUUGGGCUUCACCUUCUGCUACUCAAGGUGAUAUGUACUUAAAAACUCAAGAUGCCAAUGCUUUUCCAUAUUGCAUAAAUCACUAUCAAGUCACUCUUCAGUCAGGUUCAGAUUAUUCACAAACACGUGGUAAAGUAACUGUUACACUUUCUGGUACACUUCGUGCGGUUACCGUUACUUUUGAUGAUAAUGCAACAACAUUCAAGCGUGGCUCUGUUGAAAAUCGUCUCAUUCCGUUAACUGAAGAUAUUGGUGACGUGACAGCUAUUGAUAUUGAUUUCCAGAAAACAAACAAUAUAAUAUCAUCUUCAUGGUAUUCAUCUACAUGGGCAUUUACUAAAGCCACUGUGCUCAAUGGUGAUAUCCAAACUAGUCGAUCUUUCUGCCCUAGCCAACCAACUAUUACAUCUGGCUCGAAAGUUCGAUUUGCUUCAUGCUGA